AGGUGGAUUACUUCUAUCAGAAUCUUCAUGAACAAAUCAAUGUCGAAAGUACGAGAUGCCUCAUCAAGUUAUCAAAACAACCACAGUAUCAAAGGAGAGAAACUCAUAUAUCCAGCUGCGAAUCGAAAUAAAGAACCUAUUUUACAAGUUUUGAAAAGAUUUAUAUUAUCAGAAGCAGAGAGCAUUGAUGAUGAUGAUGAAAGACCAAUAUUCUUAGAAAUAGCAUCAGGCUCUGGACAGCAUCUUGCUCACUUUGCACCGCAUUUCCCUGGUGUUAAGUUCCAACCAAGUGAAAUAGAUGAAAAUUUAUUUGGAAGCAUAAUUUAUUAUGCUGUUAAUUGCUCAACUAAAAAUAUGUGUCAACCUAUUUUAAUUGAUAUUUGUAAUAAACUUUCAUAUUAUGGCUUUACGGAAAGCAGUAUUGACUACAUGUAUAAUGCCAAUAUGUUACAUAUUAGUCCUUUCAAUUGUACAGUUGGUUUGUUUGAAAAUGCUGGUACCUAUUUAAAAACUGAAGCACUAUUGGUCACUUAUGGUCCUUUCAGUAGAGAUGGUGUUAUUACACCACAAAGUAAUAUUGAUUUUGAUGCAUCUCUUAGAGCAAGUGAUCCGUCGUGGGGUAUUCGUGAUAUUAAUGAUCUUAUUAAAUUAGGAGAAGAAAACAAUCUCACUCUAAUAGACACUAUAGAAAUGCCUUCUAAUAAUAAAACUUUGAUAUGGAAAAGAAAUUAA